AGGGACAGAGGAAGGUGCUGCUGUGUAUGGGGGGUGUUUUCCAGCUUUAAAAAGGCAGCAGCAGGCACAUAGUAGGUCUGCGUCAGAGAGAGACUUGGAGACUUUGCUGAACUCCCAGCUUAACACAAACAGCUACAGAGAGGGAAAGAAAUAACCAACUCCCUGAACUCCUGACUUUCCUCACUCCCUGUAAUUAGUGCAUGCCACUCCAGGCACCCAGUAUAGCACACAGACACACUUGCACACAUGUACCAAUGCAAGAGCUCUGACUGUCACCUGUCUGCAGAACUAAACUGACUUCUGCAGAUUUUCUAGCGUCUCAUCAGAAAGCAGAGUCAGAGGCUAUCACAGGGGUAGUUUAGAAGUAAGUUGCAUGCUGCAAGACAUUGGACAGGAUCCGUUCACACAUCUCGAGCACCUUGUGCAAUAAUAUAGCUCAGUAUUUCACAGUGUUAUAAUUAGUUUGCAGUGAAGACAGUCCCCGUCUCUCUCAGACCUCGGCCACUCAUCAGGUGGAAAGAGUAAGUCCCGGGGUACAGAGCCAGCACAUAAUUGCUCGGAUCACCGAGUGGAUGCCACGCACUAGUGUAGCAGCUGCCGCUCCUUCCAGUCUUCCCCUCGGUCCGCUGUUCCAGACCUGCGUCAGAGACAGUGUGGAGUUCCAGCCCUUCUUCCCAUUCAUCAUGAAGUCGGCGGAGGAAGCACCACCAUAUUCCAUAGCACUGUACAAUCAAAGACUCUAUUCAGACACAUCAGUUCCUGCCCCAGUGGAUAGUAUGUGUUUGGCUCAUGGGAGGAAACUGGAUCAUCUGGAGGAAACCCACGCAAACAUGGGGAGAACAGACAAUGUCUAUGCAAUUAGCCCUCCGGUCAGAAUCAAACCCAAAGCCCCAGCACUGUUGAAAAACUAUAACUAUGCAUCUUCCAAUUUAAGUGCCAGCCUCUCGCUUGGUGUGAUGAAUUCUUCAUUAUCAACUCCAUGCCAUGGCCUGCAAUCAUUAAACCCAGUCAUUCCCAUUAUUCCAUCAGCAAGUCAUUCAUCUGGAUAUGGAGGGAAUCUUGAGAGUGAAGCCUCUGGAUACUACUUGUCUCCGAACAUAAGGCCUAAUGGAGCUCCAUUAGAAAGCCCUAGAAUUGAAAUCACAUCAUGUCUGGGGAUGCACAGUGGCAAUAACCAGUUCUUUCAUGAAGGAGAUGUAGACGAAUCAAUGCCUAACUCUAAACGGGCACAUUCUACUGCAACAUUGAACUUGCCAAAUGUUGAGACUUACCGAGAUCCAUCUUGCUUGAGUCCAGCAAGCAGUUUGUCUUCCAGAAGCUGUAACUCUGAAGCUUCUUCUUUUGAGUCAAAUUACUCCUAUCCAUAUACUUCCCCUCAGACCUCCCCAUGGCAGUCACCGUGUGUAUCUCCCAAAACCACUGAUCCAGAAGAAGGCUAUCAGAGAAGUAUGGUUGCCUGUACAUUGCUCAACUCACCCAGGCAUUCCCCAUCAACAUCUCCCAGGACAAGUAUUUCAGAGGAAAAUUGGCUCACUGCUCCUAACUCGCGACCAACAUCUCCAUGCAACAAAAGAAAAUACAACCUUAAUGGUAGACAGACAUCCUACUCACCACACCAUUCUCCAACUCCAUCUCCUCACAAUUCCCCCAGAGUUAGCGUCACUGAUGAGACCUGGUUGGGAAACACUCACCAGUAUACAAGUUCAGCUAUAGUGGCAGCCAUUAAUGCUCUUAGCACUGACCCCAUAGACAUGAAUGAUGGCAUUCCAAUUAAGUCCAGAAAGACUGCAAUAGAUCACACCUCAACUAUGUCUCUUAAAACAGAGCCCAUUUGUGAUGAGCAUGGCACAUUAUCACCAGCUGCUGACUUAUCACCAGAAGAAUAUUCUGGAUUCCACCACAUCAGGAAAGGGAAUUUCUGUGAUCAAUUUUUAUCAGUUCCACAGCAUCCUUAUCAAUGGGCCAAACCAAAGAACAUUUCUCCUACAUCCUACAUGAGUCCCUCUCUGCCUGCCCUUGAUUGGCAUCUGCCAUCCCAGUCAGGACCUUAUGAACUGCGCAUUGAAGUGCAGCCCAAAUCUCAUCAUAGAGCUCAUUACGAGACGGAAGGAAGCCGAGGGGCGGUGAAGGCCUCUACGGGAGGACAUCCCAUUGUGCAGCUACAUGGGUAUUUAGAAAGUGAGCCACUCACUAUCCAGCUGUUCAUUGGCACGGCAGACGAUCGCCUGCUGCGACCUCACGCCUUCUAUCAAGUACAUCGCAUCACAGGCAAGACCGUUUCCACCACAAGCCACGAAACCAUCAUCUCCAACACCAAAGUCUUGGAAAUCCCACUGCUGCCUGAGAACAAUAUGAAAGCCAUUAUUGAUUGUGCCGGUAUACUAAAGCUGCGCAAUUCGGACAUUGAGUUGCGGAAAGGAGAAACUGACAUUGGACGUAAGAACACUAGGGUGCGCCUUGUGUUCCGUGUACACAUUCCACAAGCCAAUGGGAGGACCCUGACGCUGCAAGUGGCAUCCAAUCCAAUUGAGUGUUCCCAGCGAUCUGCUCAGGAAUUGCCUUUGGUAGAAAAACAAAGUACUGACAGCUUCCCGGUGACUGGUGGGAAGAAAAUGGUUGUGACUGGCCACAACUUCCAUCAAGAUUCCAAAGUCGUAUUUGUUGAAAAAGCCCCAGAUGGACAUCAUGUAUGGGAAAUGGAAGGAAAAACUGAUAAGGAAAUGUACAAGCCAAACUCGCUAGUUGUGGAGAUCCCACCUUUUCGCAAUCAGAGAAUAUCCAGCCCAGUUCAAGUCAACUUUUAUGUCUGUAACGGGAAGAGGAAAAGAAGCCAGUACCAGCAAUUCACCUAUCUGCCAGCCAAUGUUCCAAUUAUAAAAACAGAGCCCACUGAUGACUAUGAGUCAGCUCAAAUAUGUGGCCCAAUGAACCAAGGAUUAACUCAACUGUCCAAAUCAUACUACGGCCAACAGAUUUUGAUGCCUUCUGAUCCUGGUUCGUGUCUUGUAUCUGGCUUCACGUCCUGUCAGCAAAGAAACACUGUGAUGUCAUCAUCUCCAAACUCAAGCCCCAACCUUCAUGACCUUUCAACUUCUGCAUACAACAAAUGCAUCUCGAAUCCUGGUCACACUCAGCUUGGACUUCAGCCCAGUGGAGGUGUCCCCACCAUACAGGAAGUGCCACGGUCUAUAGUUGUGCACCCAAGUUCUCCCGAUCAGUCAUCCCACAUCAUGCUGCAGCCGCAGGUGAGUCUCCAUCAGAGCAGUAGCUGUCCCCUUGGUUAUCAACAAACAGUCUAUCCCAACAGUCCCUCUUCUCCAGUUCCGUCUAUUACCCAAGAGCCAUCCUAUUUGCUGCCCUGCAGUCCAACUCACUCAUCAGUAAUGGGCCAACCACAGCACCAACAGCAGAAGGUUCAGAGAAAUGAAUCUCCAACCACUCAACCACUGUCACUGCCAGAGUUGCAUGAGGACAGUAAUCAUAAUUUGGCCCCUAUUCCUGUAACCAUCAAGCGUGAGCCUGAGGAAUUGGAUCAGUUGUACUUGGAUGAUGUAAAUGAAAUCAUAAGAAACGACUUGUCAAGCAACAAUGUCCAUUCAUAGCCAUGGCAAUCAUGGACUUUCAUAGAUGGAUUUAUCUGUCACCUAUCUGCUGUGGAGUGAAGAAGAUUGAGUUAUGAAUUGGAUUCAUAUCACCAGGUCCUUCUUUCAUGUACAGACGUUUCUAUCUUGGUUACAGCAGAUACAUUUAGUCUUCAGCUGAAUUAUCAUCUCAAAUAUAGCAAGAAACAGACAUUGUGACUAUGUAUUGAAUGGAAUAAAACUGAAAUACUUGACAAAAGCUGAGGACCAGGAACCACAACUGAUCCACUUGGCACCACUGGAUCCCGGCAGUGCCUUAAAUGUUCCUAUUUGUGGCAUUAGGAUGAAUAAAAAGCUUUCUGUUAGCUACCAAAAGAAGUAUUUUCGGUGCAAUGAACUACAAAGCAACUGUUCAGCUUGCUGAAUUUGAUGGUAGCAAACUAUGUCCUAAAGAAUGUAAAAGCAAUGCUUGGAUGUAUGUACACAGACUGUCACUGCUGCACGUCAUAAGUCUCUGCUCCUCAAACAACACCAACUUCUAUGACUCUAUUCUGUAUGUGUGUGUGUGUGUAUAUAUGUGUAUAUAUAUAUAUAUAUAUAUAUAUAUAUAUAUAUGUAAACCUAUUUAUCCAUCCAACUACCUAUCUAUAGCACAAGGAAUGACACUCCAUAUGCAAUAUAUCGCUACAUAAAUGGAUAUGCACUUUAUCCAUUUGGAGUGCCUUUCCUUGAGCUAGAUUGGAUUUUGCUCUGGCACCCAAACUGAAAUUGUUUUGAAAUUGCCUGCAAAAUGUGAAAUAUAUAUAUAUAUAUAUAUAUAUAUAUAUAUAUAUACUGGUCAAAGUGGGCUUGUAUACUGUUUUAGUUGUAAAACGGACAAAUUCCAUCCACUUAUAUUAGCCAUACUGCCACAUCUUCAUUUCCAAUUCAAUCACAAUCAUAGUAUAUAUUAUACGUAUGUAUAAUGAAAUAAAGCCCUCCCCGCACACAAUCUGUUAUAGGUGUAGGACAAUUCUAUCAGUGGCUGCACCUCCUUGUACCUCCUCACCUGCCAGUGACUUAAAUUACAGAUUUUCACAAAGAGUAGACAGGUGGGCACUCAUAGUGCACCAUAUAAAUACAGUACUAGAUAGUAUAAGAAGUGACUUCUGACUCUCAGAGGAGGCUGUUCACUCAAAUACUGUGUGCAUGCACCACUUAAUGUAUUUUUCAUUUAGAAAAGCACAACUUAUAACUGCAAUAUACAGUAUAUAUAUAUAUAUAUAUAUAUAUAUAUAUUUAUUUGUCUUAAUUUAGAUCCAGAGCACACAUCAGACAAAAGCACAGCACACAUCAGACAAAAGCACACAUGAGUACAUUGCACAUAACAUGUAUGUUAAUGCAUAAUUUAAUCCCAGGAUAAUGCUGCCAGUUCCAAACAUCUGUUCCCCUCCACUGACAUAAGUGGUUCCUUACUAAGACAUAUUGGUUUACACACACGUUAACCAAUGCACCAUUAUCCUCCAUUGCCCGGCAGGUGGAUGCUCUUAUUUUACAUAAAAAGGACUUGCCUGCUUUAUAGCAAAGCAAUUAUUUUAAGCUAAGAUGUUGCCUGCCAUACCUUCAUACUCCAUGCAUAGCAUUUGGUCUGCACCCUGAUACACGGGUGGGUAUAUUAUAUGCAUUGUGUUGCGCAAACAUGACAGCAAGCACUUUAAAGAAAACAAAAACAUUGCAUUAAACUAAAAGCAGCAAAGUGUAAUUUGUACAUAGGUGACUGUAAGAUUGUAAAUAUUUAUUUGGUUCCACAAAAGCCUUAUAUCUCUAUAGUCCUUCUGCAGAAGGUGCAGUUGACAAUCAGCUGUUAUUAAACGACACUUCCUAGGAAUACUCCUUACAUGCUGGGAGCUGUAAUUCAACAACAGCUGAGAGACACCGACUGCCUCAGACUCUGUGGGGGAAUGUUACCAAAAACAUGGCUGACAAUGCAGUGCUAUGUGACAUGUAUCCAUGUUCAUUAAUAUAAUUUGGAGUAUAGUAGAAAUAUAUAGUAUGACCCUGUUAAGUAAGUAAUGUACAAGUAGCAGCUUAAUAUCACUAAAUAUACAUUUUUAUUACAUGUAACCAAACUAGCAUGGUCUAAUUGAAAAUGAACUGUAACUAAUGUUGUGCCUUAGUAAUCAACGCCCUCUUCUGGAAAUAUGCCUGAAUUACAAUCUGAUUGAAGGUAACUGGCUUGAAUAACUAUAAUGCUGUGUAUUAUGUCUUACUUUUUGAAAGAAAAUAAAAAGCCAUAUUUAAUAUUUGCACAUUACUGUGAUACAUUGAAUAGAUUAUAUGGCUUCUGUGUACAAACCAGGCUUUUAAUUAUUGUAAUAACUAUCUUAUAAUUUUUUUAUGUGUAAUCAAGAGUUGUUUAACUUAUAUAUCACUAUAAGAUUUGCAUGAUAAAUGUAUAAUAGAUGACCAAGUAGACAAUUCAGUGCUCAGAGACUUCGUUUGCUGGCUAUUCCUGAAUAAUAAAAGCAAUAUUAUGAAGCCAGUA